UUGGAAGGUCAUAUGUCAAAAACCUUGGGAUAUAUUGAUCUAGGGGCAACUGGAAUGGUGAAAAAUGGGGCAUAUGGUACAACCAAGUCACACUCUCUCCACCCAUCCCGUGUAUUUUCUACAGAUCCUUUCAAAGCUAAAACCCCAAUACAAUCUCAAAUUAGCCCAUGGGAAUGGAGCAAGAACCAGACAAUGCUUACUGGAGGAAUUGGUCAGAGAGCUAAGCGUAAGCCUUCCCUGAAAACUGGGAGGACCAAGAAGAUCUUUGGCUGGGGGGAUUUUUACUUCAACAUAAAAACAGUCAAAUUUAGCCUGUUGGUGACUGGCAAGAUAGUAGACCACAUCAAUGGAACUUUCAGUGUCUACUUCCGUCACAAUUCAUCCAGCCUGGGCAAUGUGUCCGUAAGCAUAGUUCCUCCAACCAAGGUAGUAGAGUUUGACCUCCUCCAGCAAACCACCUUGGAUACCAGAGAAACUAAAACCUUUAAUUGUAGGGUUGAAUAUGAAAAGACCAACAGAGCCUUGAAGAACAAACCAUGCCUUUAUGACCCAGCAAAAUCUUGCUACAUGGAGCAUACUCAGAGCCAUGCUGCAUGGCUAUGUGCCAAACCCUUCAAGGUUAUCUGCAUUUUCAUUUCCUUCUACAGCAUUGACUACAAGCUGGUGCAGAAAGUUUGCCCGGAUUAUAACUUUCAGAAUGAUCACCCCUACUUUGGUUGAUGAAAGCAUAAACAGGGAGGCCAACAUUGAGCUUUAUACACAAGGGUAGGAUGAACAGAUAUGUGAGGCACAGGAUUCAUUUUAUAGUAUAAGACCAUCCAAUUCUAUUUAAUCAUGCCAGGUCGUUCUGGUUCUCGUUUAUUGUAUACCACAGGAAAAGUGCCAUUUAUUGGA